UCAGUCGGCAGUCGGUCUCUGGUCGGCCUCAAGAAUAGUCGCGGCCCGGUGUCAGAGGAACUUUGCCUCCUUUUAUACCUAUAGAUAUAUAUCAUAUAUAAAUAUAUACUCAUAUACCUACAUAUAUUUAUAUAUGUAUAUAUGUAUACACUACGAAACUUCGAUCUCCUUCUUCUUGCUCUUAUUCUUGGGAAUAAGAUUGCGGAGUGCUAAAGAUUUAAACAAUUGAGUCCAUAAGAGUCUCAUUUUAACGAUACAACUCGGGGCCCGCGAUUGUUUUUUUUACUUUAUCCUCGUUACGCAUACGUCAAUCAAUCACUGGUGUUUAGGCCCAAACGAUCGCCGCGCGCUUUAAUUUUUGGUGUUAAUUUUUAGUAAUAAAUAUUCAUCGUGCUAACGAUUGUUCCCCUCUUGUGUUACAUUCCUACUCAGACAAAGUAUUGCUGCAUCAACAGUAGUAAGAAAAACUAAUGAGGGUGCAAGGUUACGAGAGCAACGAGGGCAGCCACCAGAUAAAUCUUUAAUUUUUAACAAUUGUUUUUAAAAAUAAAAUACUAAAUGUUAUUUAAAUACUACAGAAUCUGAUGAUAGUGUGAAGUGAAGUGCAACGUUAAUUUUGAUUUUGUUUUUUCUUUAAAUAUGAGACCUCUGAUGAGGAACUUGUAGUGUGUGUUGUGUCUGUCUUUACUAGACUUUUUCCACUAGGACUGUCUUAACUGCUCCUUAUCUACUGGAUUGUCUUUGCUGGACGGUUGUUUCCACUAAUAAACCUGUCUCUGGACUCUUGUCUCUACUCGUCUGUUUUCACUGGACUCUGCCGGGCAGUCGCUCGGCCGUUUCUACUAGAAAAUUUUCACUAAUUCGUCUCUCUUCGCUACACUAAAUAAUUAUUAAAUUUUCAGCAGCAUGUCCAACUCAUCGUGGACUCACUACUUCCAUCGUCAAUGGAUAUAACUCACAGUGUUUAGAUAUUUAUAUAUUUAUUAAUAAAAUAAAUUACAUAAAUAAACUGUGAAGUGAAGUGUAAAAAAAAAGUAAAAACCAAAGACUGAAAAAUAAAAUCCGAAGAUAAAUUUUGAAAAAUUUCUUAAGCAAAAAAAAUAAAUACAAGCACGUGGCCAAGAGACAAAAAAUAAAAACUGCACCAACGGUGCAUUUAAACCGAAGUGCCCGAUAAGGAAGUCAGGGUGGUUCGUGGGGGGUCGGGAGGCGCGGACGCCCUGGCGACUGCCGGGGUGGUGUAUCCGCCCGCGACGGCGAGCCUGUUCCCUGGUCGCGUGCCAGCGGGACAUCAUCACCCCGAGCUCACCGGCACGUUGGAGCUGGGGUUCCCGCCCCGUGGCACCACCGCCUCGAUGGCGUUGGUGGCCCCGCCACCCUCGUGGGCCUCGCGGGACCCUGGAUCCACAGGACUCGGUGGUGGCGGCGGAAAUAAUUCUGGCGGGCAACCCGGUGGACUCCAAGUAUGUCCACCACCGAUGCCACCAACACACUUGACACCCUCGGCUACACCCGAGGAUAUUACGUGCCUCGUACCCGUCGGUGGUGUGUUGACACCACGAGACCCUUUGCCGCCCAGCACGACACCCGGGAGUCAAGCCAACAGUUCGCAGUCCGGAAGUUCACAGACAGACAAAUCUCCUAAUAUUGAGUGCGUCGUUUGUGGCGACAAAAGCAGCGGCAAACAUUAUGGACAGUUUACUUGUGAGGGAUGUAAAAGUUUUUUUAAAAGAAGUGUACGAAGGAAUUUAACGUACUCGUGUCGAGGGAAUCGUAAUUGUCCAAUAGAUCAGCAUCAUCGUAAUCAAUGUCAAUUUUGCCGGCUGAAGAAGUGCCUGAAGAUGGGCAUGCGCCGGGAAGGUAUGCAUUCGGUCCAGAGGGGGCGAGUACCUCCGUCACAGCCAUCUUUACCAGGAUUGCCGGGUCAAUUCGGUCUGUCGAAUGGAGACGCAGUGGCCUGUGCCAGCUUAAAUGGACACUCGUAUCUCUCGUCGUACAUCAGCUUACUCCUAAGAGCAGAGCCCUAUCCGACGUCGCGAUACGGACAGUGCAUGCAGCCAAACAAUAUAAUGGGCAUCGACAAUAUAUGUGAAUUAGCUGCGAGAUUGCUGUUUUCCGCGGUCGAAUGGGCGCGAAAUAUACCAUUUUUUCCUGAUCUACAAGUCACGGAUCAGGUGGCACUUCUCAGGCUAGUGUGGAGUGAACUAUUUGUACUGAAUGCGAGCCAGUGCUCGAUGCCGCUUCAUGUGGCCCCGCUAUUGGCCGCGGCGGGUCUGCACGCGUCGCCCAUGGCCGCGGAUCGUGUCGUCGCGUUCAUGGAUCAUAUUAGGAUUUUUCAAGAGCAGGUGGAGAAACUCAAGGCGCUUCAUGUUGAUUCUGCUGAGUACAGUUGUCUCAAGGCGAUCGUCCUCUUUACGACUGAUGCAUGUGGGCUGUCAGAUGUCGCGCACAUCGAGUCUCUGCAAGAAAAAUCUCAAUGUGCAUUAGAAGAAUACUGCCGGACACAGUAUCCAAAUCAGCCAACCCGGUUCGGAAAAUUACUCUUAAGAUUGCCAUCACUGAGAACAGUAUCAUCGCAAGUAAUAGAGCAGCUAUUUUUCGUCCGUCUAGUUGGAAAAACCCCAAUCGAGACAUUAAUACGCGACAUGUUGCUCAGUGGCAGCAGUUUCAAUUGGCCAUACAUGUCCACAAUGUGACACUCUGUAUGGCGGCAGCUAGCUUCCGCAUAACAAUAAUCAUACUAAUAAUUACCACUGACGAUUUAUAAAUUUAAUUUAAAUUAUUCGAGACCAUCACUUGUGUCAGUGGUACUUAAAAAUCAGUUAAAGUAACAGAUAACUCAAAUUCUUCGACAAUAUAUAUGUGGAAUUGGAAUGAGAGACGCGUGCCGAUGAAAUUUUAUCAUGGACUUGAUAUUUUUAUUCAUCAUCUCUACUCUCCGAUGUGUGCCGAGUUGACAUUAAAUCUCGGUAAGUCACGGGGUCGUGUGACAAUCGUCUGCCUACACAGUAGUAACUAACGUAUACGAAAAUAACUACAGCUACAGCUUAAACUGUUAAUUACGACAAGUAUUAGUUUUUUAGUGUGUAUAGGACGAGUGUUUAAUAUUCAAAUUCAUUUUCAAAAUCGCAGCGUCUACUAAAUGUAUAGUUAAUAUAUAAUGUUUUUAUGAAAAAUAAAUAAAUAAAUACCCUAAUAGCACAGUUUGCUUUUGCAAAAGUUUCUUUUAAUUUUUCGUCAAAUGGCCGUCAACUUCGGACUUUUACGUUUUUGACGAUCACAGUAAAAAAUAUUGUGUUAAAAAUGGUCCACACAAUAUUUGUGUUAUUUUUCAACACAGACUGUUUGUGUUGAAUUUCAACACAAAAUUUGUAUUAAAAUUUCGACACACAAUUCGAGUAAUAUGAGAAGUAACUUCAACACUUUUUAAAUGUUAAUGGCGACACAAAAAAAAUGUUAACUUUUACAUUUUAUUUUUGUACCAUGAAUUAUUUUUCGGUUAUCAAAAGUGUCAACAAUUAUUAUUUAACAUUUAACUAUUUUGUGAUAGUAAACAUGAUCCUAAAGUUAGCAGACAGUUAACAAUUUUUCAAUUUUUUUAUCAACAAAUCAAUUACGAAAAAAAAAAAUAAAAAAUACGAAUGUGCGCCCGUAGAAAAGUAAACAAGCCACAGAUGCAAUUUUUUUUUUUAAAACUAUACGAAUCAUGAACUUUGUCAACUUUAUUUUUUUAUGUCUAAUUGAAAAUAAAUAAAAUCAAUGUCACAAAAAUAAUAA